AUGUCGACUGAAUCAAUAAACCUAGAGAAUUUCCAAUUAUCUAAAAUUAUAGCAGUACUAUUAAAAUCACAAGAUUAUCAAUUUACAAAAACAUUUUUAGAUCAAAUAACAGACUUAACAAUACGAUAUUUACAUACAAUAGUAUCUAAUUUACAAGAAUAUACUCAAUUGCAAAGACGUAAAAUUCCAUCAUUAUCUGAUUUAAAUAUCUUAUUAAAGUUUCAUGAAAUACUGAUUAAUGAUUUAAUUAUAGAAAUACUAAAGAGUAAAAAAUUUAAAAAUCAUAAUCAAAUAAAUUCAAUAAUAAAUACCAAUCAACAACAAGAUAUAGAAGAAAAUGAAUCAUCAUUACCAUUUUUUCAAAAUGAAACAUAUGCAAUUACAAAAGUAGUACCAAAUAAUAUAAAAAAACCAAAUUAUAUACCAAAUUAUUUACCAGAUUUACCACCAGAUUAUACUUAUCAAACAACAUCACAAUAUAAUGAACCAAUUAAUGAUUUAAAACAGCUUAGAAUAAAAUUAAUUGAAGAAAGUAGAUUAACUGAAAAGGCUUUAUAUAAAUUAAUUGAAAAUGAUGAAGUUGAAUUAAAUAAAAAAAUUAAAUUUGAAAAUGAAUUAUCUGAGUUGUUGAGAAAACAACAAGAACAAGAAGAAGUAGUUAAAAGAAAGGAAGAUGAUGGUAAAAUGGACGGAAUAGAAGAGGCGAAGUCAGGAGAUGUGACAGAGGUGAAAUCAGGAGACACAACAAAGGUUAAGAAAGAAGAGGAAACCGAUACAAGUAUAGAGCCAAUUACAACCACAGAACUAAGUGCAAAUAUAGAACCAAGUCCAACUACAGAAAUCAAAGAAGAAAUUUCUGAACAAGUAACACCUACCCAAGAUUCAAUUAAUAAAUUUGAUUUCAUAGAAUAUGCUAAAAAACGAAAAAAAAUAGCCUUAAAAAAACAAAAAUUAAAGGAACUAAAAAAUGAAAAAAGACAAUCAAACAUAUUUAUGAAAGCAGAAACCUAUUAUUCACCAUAUGCAACAAAACAACCAAAUGAAGAAAUAAAUCAAUAUUUUAAAAAUAUUUUAAAUGAAGAAUUUAAAAAAGUUAUUGUAUCAAUAAGAAUUAAUGAAAUUAAAAAACAGGAAGAAAUUCAAAAACAAAAGGAAUUAAAAGAAUUAAAAGAAAAAGAAUUUAAAGAACAAAAUGAAAUUCAAUUUAAUUUUGGUAAUAAUAAUAACAAUUCUGUUCUUAAUGGUAAUGAUGAUGAUGAUAUAGAUAGUGAUGAUAUGGACGAUUUUUAG